AAUCGCUCCACUGUGUGUGUGUGCAACGUGACGUAGUUUAAAUCGGGCCCCAAAGAUACUGGUGCAUUUUGGUGCGUCUGCAGGUGGAACUGCACCCCAACCUUCCAGGUACCGUUCAAGGUCGCACGCGUACGGAAGACCCUCCCAUCAUCAUAUCCUAUCGGUAUCUACAGUCCCGGUCAAAUUGCGUCCGGCAGAAAAAAGGGGUUCCAUGAUAACUCCAAGUUAUCUGGUCAGUAUUUAAGCGGGCCCAGUGCAGGAUGACACUCCAGUAAUCGCUAGUGCACGGAAGGCUAGCGAUAUUCGGAAGAAACUCAUCCUGAAGACAGAAUGGGUGCUAAAGUUCUGUGGAGUAUUGCCGUACUCCUGUUGGCCACCGUAUCGGUCGCCAGCGGGCAACAGGGUCGCUGUGAGGACGUAGACAACUUCGGGCUGGUGCGUGAUCGGUUCUUCUGCUACCGCUUCUACCAGUGCAUCGAUGGUAAUCCCUACCCGUUGCGCUGUCCCGACGACCAAUGGUUCGACGAGGAGCGUCAGGUGUGUGAUAAUCCGGCCAACGUGACGUGUGAGCUGGAGGAUCGUCCUCCGACCGUUACGCCAACGCCCGGAAUUUGCAAUGGUGCCCCGGACAACCAGUUCGUGCUGCAUCCGCUGUUCUGUAACGAGUACUACCUGUGCGUCGGUGAGAUUGGAUUCCCGAUCAUGUGCCCGCCGGGGCUGUGGUUCGAUCAGACGCGCCAGAUUUGUGGUGAUCCGGCUGACAUUAGCUGCCCCCAUGGACGCCCCGGUGCGGCCCGGUGUCGUGACGAGCCGGACUUUGGGCUGGUACGGAGCGAGUAUGCCUGCUACCGGUACUACCAGUGUGUGAAUGGGUUCCCUUACCCGAUGACCUGUCCCGAGGGGCUGUGGUUCGAUGCCGAGCGGGAUAUCUGUGACGAGCCGGAAAAUGUGGAGUGUGAGCUGAGUCCAGGGCUGCCGACGCCUCCAACGCCCGGCAUCUGUAACGAUGCGCCCAACAAUGUGCUGCGCCCGAAUCCGACCGCCUGUAACAAGUACUACGUGUGCGUGGGUCAGAUCGGUUGGUCCAAGUACUGUCCCCUGAACAUGUGGUUCGAUGAGGAAAGGCAGACGUGCACCCAGCCUGGGCUUACGAACUGUACGCUGGGGCCGGAUAUUCCACCACCGCGACCGGACAACCCGUGCAAUGAUGUGGACAACCUGUCGUUCGUCAAGGAUGACUUCUUCUGCUACCAGUACUACCAGUGCCGCAAUGGAUAUCCGUUCCCGCUCAUCUGCCCCGCCGAUCAGUGGUUCGAUGAGAAUCUGCAGCGUUGUGCCGACUACCAAACGGUUGAGUGUGAGGUUGAUGGACCACCGCCCACGAUCAAGCCUACGCCCGGUAUCUGUAAUGAUGUGAUCGGGGAGCGAUUGGUGUUGCAUCCUCGUUUCUGCAACCAGUACUACAUCUGCUCGGAACAGGUCGGCAUCCCGGUGAUCUGUCCCACCGGACUUUGGUUCGAUGAGGAUACACAAUCCUGUCGCUCGCCACUUCAAGUUGACUGUCCACAUGGAGCGACUCCUCCGCCCGAAGACCCCUACAUGAUGUGCAACGGUGUCGAAGGAUUUGGGCUGGUGCGUCAUCCUAACUUCUGCUAUCGCUACUACCAGUGCAUUGACGGUGUCCCGUAUCCGAUGAUCUGCGAAGGUGAUCUCUGGUUCGAUCGCGAGCGUCAGGUGUGUGAUAUGCCUAUGUAUGUCGAAUGCGACGUAACGCCACCGCCCGUAGUGAGACCACCACCGACGGCUGGCAUCUGUAAUGGAGCUCCAAACGGUCGAUUGGAAGGUAAUCCACAGUACUGCAACCAGUACUACAUCUGCGUGAACGAGAUCGGCUGGCGUUUGGUGUGUCCCGCUGGUUAUUGGUUCGAUGUGGAGGGACAGACCUGCUCAGAGGCGGGCACGGUUGAAUGUGGCCUUGCUCCAGAGCGUCCUCCAACUACCCCGAACCCGUACGCUCCCUGCAUCGGCAUCCCGAACAAUGCGUACGUGCGUGAUGAAGCCUUCUGCUACCGUUACUACAAGUGCGUCAACGGAUCACCCUUCCCAAUGAUCUGCCCAGGCGAGCAGUGGUUCGACGAUCGUCGCCAGCAGUGUCGUCCACAGGAGGAGGUUGAGUGUAUCAUCACGGAGCCGCCACCACGUCCACCGCCAACGGCCGGCAUCUGUAACGGUGUGUCCAACUCGAUCCAGGUGCCGAAUCCGUUCAGCUGCAAUCAGUUCUACAUCUGCGUGGACCAGAUCGGUUUCCCGCAGGUAUGCCCUCCGGGCAUGUGGUUCGACGAGGAUCGACAGACGUGUCUGCCCGUGGCGGAAACUUCCUGUAAUCUUGGACCCCCAACGACGACCACGAUUGCGCCUCACCCGUGGGGACAGUGUGAUGUUGUGCCUAACUUUAGCUUCGUGCGCAACGAGUACUACUGCUACCGGUACUUCCAGUGCAUUGAUGGACGGCCCUAUCCGCUCAUCUGCCCCGGCGAGCAGUGGUUCAACGAGGAGGAACAGCGCUGCGAUGAUCAGGAGAAUGUGAGGUGCAUUGUGAACCCGGCUCCGCCAUCAGUUCCGGCCACUCCGGGCAUCUGCAAUGAUGCGGCGAAUGGAGAGAUGGUGCUGAACCCGCGAGCCUGCAACCAGUACUACGUCUGUGUGGACGAGAUCGGCUACUUGUUGAUGUGUCCGGAUGGUCUUUGGUUCGAUGCACAGGCUCAACGAUGUGGCCCACCGGCUCAAGUGUACUGUCCGCUGGUGCCGCCCGUUACGACGCCCGAUCCGUUCGAGCUGUGCGACGACGUGCCGGAGGGUGGACUGCUGCGCAACGAGUUCUACUGCUAUCGGUACUUUGAGUGCAAGAACUCGGUCCCGUACCCGAUGAUUUGUCGCGCCGGGCUGUGGUUCGAUCAGGAGCGUCAGAUGUGCGAUAUACCGAGCCGCGUGCCGUGCUUCCUGCGCCCGGGUGUUCCUGGACCGCCGGUGGCCACACCCGACAUCUGCAAGGAUGUGCCGAAUGGGCGUUUUGCGCGCAACUGGAACUUCUGCAACCAGUACUACCUGUGCGUGGAUGAGAUCGGCUACUCGCAGAUCUGUCCCGAUGGGCUGUGGUACGAUGAUAAUCGCCAGAUCUGUGACAUACCCGAGAAUGUGGAGUGUCCACUGUCGCCCACCACGAUCGCUCCCUCGCCGUGGGAUCGCUGUGCGGGCGUGGAGGACCUUUCCUUCAUACCGGACGAUGACUUCUGCUACCGCUACUACCAGUGUGUGAACGGCAUCCCUUACCCGAUGAUCUGCCCGAACGAUCAGUGGUUCGACUACCGCCGACAGCUGUGCGACUUUACGCAGAACGUGCAGUGUGAGGUGCAUGACGUGCUGCCGCCUCCACUGCCCACCGAUGGCAUCUGUACUGGGCAGUCCAACUCGAUCCAGGUGCUGCAUCCGGUGUUCUGUAAUCGGUUCUACAUCUGCGUCGAUCAGGUCGGCUUCCCGCAGAUCUGUCCCGCUGGAUUGUGGUUCGACGAGACCCGCCAAACCUGUGCCAGCCCGACGGAGGUUGACUGUCCCAAUGGACUCACGACGACGCCUUCACCGAUCGAAGGUAUCUGUAACGAUGUGCCGCAGGGCACGUACGUCCCGAACCCGCUCGACUGCAGCCGUUACUACGUGUGCGUGAACAACUACCCGUACUCGGUGCAAUGCCCGGGUGGCAACUGGUUCGACAGUAAUCUGCUGCGCUGCGUCCCAAUCGAUGAGGCGGAAUGUGCCGACACGGUCACGACCGUACCGACGCCGGGAGUAUGCGCCGGUCGGGAGGAUGGUGUGCGUGUGCCAAGCCCGGAUAGCUGUUCGCUGUUCUACACCUGUCUGAACGAGAUCGGAGAACCGUCGUUCUGUCCACCGGGACUGUGGUUCAGCGAGGAGCUGCAGGACUGUGACGAGGCGGACAAUGUCGAGUGUACGGUGGAACCGUCCACACCACCAACCGGUGGCAUCUGCACGGGCCAGCCGGACGGAGCGUACGUGGCGAGCCCCUACUCCUGCCGCCAGUUCUACGUGUGCGUUAACGAGGCGGGCUAUCCAACGUUCUGCUUCGGCGAUCUGUUUUUCAGUGAGGCGGCGCAGGAAUGUGUCGAUCCCUCCGAGUCCGAGUGUGUCGAGUAAUGAUGUUUGGCCUUUCUUGAUUAAAUGCUUAUUGAAUACGGUAAAUAAAGUUAACCCAUUUGCUACAAGGGCGCUAAAGUGCCCUAGCAACGAAAUGUAA